CUCCUCUCCCAGUGGAGCGGCUCGGGCUGCUGGGGAGGCCCCGGCUCCCUCCGGACGGCCGGCCAACGGCGGCGGCUAGUCCGCGGCCCUGCCGGGAGGGAAAGCGACGCCGCGGUCUUCCCGGGCGACGCGGAGAGCAGUAGUUCCAGAGAACUGCUGGUCUAUAUUUUAGCUCUUGCCAAGUUGUGAAAAUAGUGAAAGAUGCUUAGACUACUUAACAUUCAAACUGCUUUCUGGUUAAUCAUCUUUAGAAGACUGGAUUUCUGGAUAUCUACUCUACUCCACUUCUGUUGACUUUUAAAACAUGAUAAUGCAAACCUGUAAUACUGGCAAUCAUCCAUGAACCUUUAAUUACAUUGAUUAAUAGCGUUUGAAGCUUCCUCAGGGAAUAAACAAUGACAUCAGCAGUGGUUCACAGUGGAGGUUCUAUUUUGGAGCUUUCCAGCAAUGGAGUAGAAAAUCAAGAGGAAAGUGAAAAGGUUUCUGAAUAUCCAGCAGUGAUUGUGGAGCCAGUUCCAAGUGCCAGAUUAGAGCAGGGCUAUGCAGCCCAGGUUCUGGUUUAUGAUGAUGAGACUUAUAUGAUGCAAGAUGUGGCAGAAGAACAAGAAGUUGAAACCGAGAAUGUGGAAACAGUGGAAGCAUCAGUUCAUAGCAGUAAUGCACACUGUACAGAUAAGACAAUUGAAGCUGCUGAAGCCCUGCUUCAUAUGGAAUCUCCUACCUGCUUGAGAGAUUCAAGAAGUCCUGUGGAAGUGUUUGUCCCUCCUUGUGUAUCAACUCCAGAAUUUAUCCAUGCUGCUAUGAGGCCAGAUGUCAUUACAGAAACUGUAGUGGAGGUGUCAACUGAAGAAUCUGAACCAAUGGAUACCUCUCCUAUUCCUACAUCACCAGAUAGCCAUGAACCAAUGAAAAAGAAAAAAGCUCAAAGGGCUUCGCAGAUUAUCAGAUCCUCUUCAAUAGUUGGCCGUAAACCAAAGACCCAGCAAUCACCAAUUUCCAAUGGGUCUCCUGAGUUAGGUAUAAAGAAGAAACCCAGAGAAGGAAAAGGAAACACAACCUAUUUGUGGGAGUUUCUGUUAGAUCUACUUCAAGAUAAAAAUACUUGUCCCCGGUAUAUUAAGUGGACUCAGAGAGAAAAAGGCAUAUUCAAGCUUGUGGAUUCAAAGGCUGUCUCUAAGCUCUGGGGGAAGCAUAAGAACAAGCCAGACAUGAACUAUGAAACUAUGGGACGAGCUCUGAGAUAUUAUUACCAAAGGGGUAUUCUUGCAAAGGUUGAAGGACAGAGGCUUGUAUAUCAGUUCAAGGAUAUGCCCAAAAACAUAGUGGUCAUAGAUGAUGACAAAACUGAAACCUGUAACGAAGAUUUAGCAUCAGCUACUGAUGAAAAAUCAUUAGAACGAGUAUCACUGUCUGCUGAAAGUCUUUUGAAGGCAGCCACUUCUGUUCGUGGUGGGAAAAACUCGUCUCCUCUAAACUGCUCCAGAGCAGAGAAGGGAGUAGCUAGAGUUGUGAACAUCACUUCCCCUGGUCAUGAUGCUUCGUCCAGGUCUCCUCCUACUACCGCAUCUGUAUCAGCAACUGCAGCUCCAAGGACAGUUCGUGUGGCAAUGCAAGUACCUGUUGUGAUGACAUCAUUGGGUCAGAAAAUCUCAACCGUGGCAGUUCAGUCAGUUAAUGCAGGUGCACCGUUAAUAACCAGCACUAGCCCAACAACAGCAACCUCUCCAAAGGUAGUUAUUCAGACAAUCCCUACUGUGAUGCCAGCCUCUACUGAAAAUGGAGACAAAAUCACCAUGCAGCCUGCCAAAAUUAUUACCAUCCCAGCUACACAACUUGCACAGUGUCAACUGCAGACAAAGUCAAAUCUGACUGGAUCAGGGAGCAUUAACAUUGUUGGAACCCCACUGGCUGUGAGAGCACUUACCCCUGUUUCAAUAGCCCAUGGUACACCUGUAAUGAGACUAUCAGUGCCUACUCAACAGGCAUCUGGCCAGACUCCUCCCCGAGUUAUCAGUGCGGUCAUAAAGGGGCCAGAGGUUAAAUCAGAAGCAGUGGCAAAAAAGCAGGAACAUGAUGUGAAAACUUUGCAGCUGGUACAAGAAGAAAAACCGGCAGAUGGAAAUAAGACGGUGACCCAUGUGGUGGUUGUCAGUGCGCCUUCAGCUAUUGCCCUUCCUGUAACUAUGAAAACAGAAGGACUGGUAACAUGUGAGAAAUAAAAUAGCUCUCCCAUGGGCUGUAGAAUGUUGGUGAUACUAACAUAAAUAUUUGCAAGGAUGUCAUCAAGAGAAGUCAAAAGACUUUAAAACAUUUUUAUUGCAUAUAAGAAAACAAUCAAACUUACUGGAAAUAAAUUACCUAUCCCAUGUUUCAGUGGGAAAUGAACUACAUAUUGAGAUGCUGACAGAAAACUGCCUCUUACAGUAGGAAACAACUGAACCCGUCAAUAAAAAGGAUUGAAAGGGACCAAGCAACUCACUACAAUAUCAAGUUACACUAAGACUUGGAACACUAACAUUCUGUAAGAGGUUAUAUGGUUUUCAGUGGGGAGGGGUUGGGAUGGGUGAUCUCAUUGUUACAUAUAGCAAUUUUUGAUGCAUUUUAUAUGCAUACCAGCAAUUAUUACUGUGUUCACACAGAACUCACUUAACUGGUGCUAUGUGAAGACUGCUAAUAUAGGUAUUUUAGAAUGUGAAUUGAAGAAUGGAUCCAAAAGCUUCAGAAAGAGGAUAGCAAAAAAGAUCUAGUGUGGUUUUUUUUUAUAUCAUAUAGCUUAAGCUGAUUUAAAACAAAGGCCUUAGACUAAUUUUCGGUUUUCUUUAUUGAAAUAAGCUAAUGGCUUGUUUGUGUAAAGCUUUUUUUAUUAAAAGAAAAAUUUUAAAAAUCUUGUACCUAGCACAGUAUUGUUAUAGAAUUUACAUGUAACAUUUUAUAUGGUAGUUUAAGUCUGUCAGUUUCUUAAUUGUGGACAAGUUAACAGUUGGCUCUGGCCUUUUGCUAUAACAUGCCUGUGUCACUCAGCCCUGGCAUCUUGCAGACAUAUCAGUUUCAUUUCUCCUGUCACUUGGAAGUUAAGACUCAGCAUGAAUUUUUGUCAGGUAGCUCUGAUACCUGGAGUUCUCUUCCUUUCUCUUUUUUCUUUUCUUUUCUUUCUUUUUUUUUUUUUUAGUUGAAGUUUAAGAGGGAAAGUACCAGUGUUCAGAUUUGAACUAUAAUAGUUUGUAUAUUCAACAUUUGAAGUAUAUUCUAUUUUGUUGUACUCUUGUUUCAAAGUGUAUUCAAGUAGGUUUUCUGAAAUAUAGAAAUGAAAUUUUA